AUGCAUAGUGUUUUAUCAUCGAAUGAACAUGUUCAAAAUAUGGCAUCGACAAUGAAUAAUCCAAAUUCAUCGUAUAAUCCUCAUCCGUCUGUUGGUGCUUCUAAUAUUGGUAAUUCAUAUUCGACAACAACAGGAAGGGAUGAGAGUCACCCAUCACCAACAGGCUCAUCAUCAUCUUCGUCCAAUAUAUUUGGUGGCGGUAGCACAAGCUUAUCUCCUCAUCAGUCACCAUCAAAACCGACGUGGGCACAAAUAUUAAAUUCGAGUUCUGGAUCGCCUCAAUCAACAGCGUCAACUUCCACAUUAUUAGUACCGACAUCAACAUCAGCUACAACGUCAAAUACUAUUCAAUCGCAAACACCACAAUCAUCUUCUACAGCAUUUAACUUUUCAUCACAACGCACAACAAAUUUUUUAACAAACUUUUAUGAUCAACAGCAGCAGCAGCAGCAGCAGCAUCCAUUACCAAAUAAUCCCUCCUUAGCACCACAAAUGAAUUGGCCAUCAAUGAAUGUGGUUGAUCAAAACUCACCAUGGGCUAUUGAUGAUAAUAAACAACAACAACCGCAAGUUCACCCACAAAAUCUUAACAAUAAUAAUCGUGGUUUACACAAUUUAUCAUCGGGGACAACCACGAUCAAGAGUAAUUCAUCUGCUAAUGAUCAUUUUUCACUAAAUAAUAAUAAUAACGAUGAUAAUAAUUCUAAUAAUAAUUUACUAGUUGAUGAUCCAAAUGGUUUUGAUCAUAACGAUUCAACGAGUCCAACACCUGAAUGGAAUAAAACGUUUGGUGUUUUACAAUCCGAUAAAUCAUCGUCGAAUGGUUGGAAUACAUUUCAAUCCACAGCCGUUACAUCUAAUAAUAAUGCGUCCAGAUCGACGAAUACUAAUCAAUGGCCAUCAGAAUAUAAAAUUUUGUCAAAUAAUCCAAAUAUAACAAAUAUAAAUAACAAUAGUUCAUGGCCAGAUAAUAAUACUAUGUCUUCAUCAUCAUCAACAUGGAACGAUAACAAUAGUGAUUCGUCAACAUUAAGUGCAAUAUCAAAAAAUAAAUCGUCAUCCGGUAGUGCUAAUAAAUCCCUGUCUAAUACAAAUACAACACCUACAACAGAUAUGGGCAAUGAACCAAUGAUUGUCUAUGUUCCACAACCCAAAUUAGUUGAACAACUCGGUUGGGAUGAACCCGAUAUUAAAGUCAUUAAACGCAACUUCGAUGAUGGUACAUCAAUUUGGGGUGAUCCAAAUGAUUUACGUAAUAUGCCUGUUAAAAAAUGGACAAAUGGGACAAAAGCAGCAUUAACAAAUUCAACAAAUAUCAUAUUACAACAACAACAGUUAAAACAACAACAGCUGACAGUGGCCUCAACCCAAAUGAUUAUUGGCGAUGAAAAUUGGCCUAAACAACAGUCACCAACAACUCAAACAUCAUCAUCAUCAUCAUCAUCACAAUGGAAUGAUACACCAGCUGCUGCGCCAACACCGCCCUCGUCCAUGACAAAUAAUAAUAAUGAGCAUUUACGUUCAAAUAAUAAUAAUAACAAUAAUCCUACAGCGAUGACAAAUUCGAACUUAUGGCACAGUCAACCACAACAGUCUAUGAACAAUAAUGACUGGAUGGCAGAGGGACAAGUUGACACAAGUGAUUGGGGUCUACAAGGAUCUCAACAGAAAGCACCAUUUGAUCCAACGGAUGGCCAAGUUGAUACAAGUAGUUGGGGUUUACAGCAACAAUCUGGUCAAGGACCACCAUCCAUACCGGCAUUAAAUCGAAAAUAUAUGGAUUAUGACAUGAAUGAUAAUCAGGAGCAUAAUCUACAUAAUAAUAUCAUGGGGGGUCGACCAUUAAAAAGUAUGAAUAUUAUGGACCCUUAUGAUAACAGUAUCGAUGGAUUUCGUCAACCAAAUGAUAUCAAAGGUGCUCCAACCGUUGUUGGACUCGGCGGUCUUAUGCCUACAAAUCCACAUCAUCUCAUUCAACAUCAACAUCAUCCAUUUGGUAAUUUACCAAGAUCAAACCAACAGGCAUAUCAAAAUACUAAUAUAUUACGACCACUAAAUCCAAAUACUAUGAUGCCACCACCAACAGGCAUGCCUCCUCAAGGAUCUCAAUUGCCCUCGGGUGCGAUUGUGGGUACGGGUGGUCUAUUAUCACCAAAAUUAGCGCCUACUUCACCGAUACCAAAUCAAGCACAUUAUAUUGCUAACAAUACAUUACAAGCCAAACAACAAGUGCUGCAGCAACAAUCUCAACAACCACCUCAUCAACCAUUAUCGCAAACACCCACCCCCUCGCAACAACAACAACAACAACAACAACAACAACAACAGCAGCAACAACAAGCUGUCGUCAAUAAUGGCGCUGUACAUGCGCAAAUAAUGCAACAGUUUCGCCUAGCUGUACAAGCUGGUUUGAUUAGUCAAGAUUUAUUGAAUACAAAAUUACCACCUUAUAUGUUACAAUUGUUACAAAAAUUGUUUGAAUUACAACAAAAAUUUCAAACACUAUCUCUACAAUUAUCUGAUUUCAUGAAACAAAAACAACGUUUUCCGUUAACAUUCUACCAAAAUGAGUACGAACGGUUAAAUAAAUCAAUUCAACAGAAAAAGCAAGAAAUGUUAAUUGUACAAAAGCAAAUACAAGAUGCUCAUACAAAAUUGAAACAACAACAAAAUGCGCCAUCAUCAACACAAAUGAUUAAUGGACCAUCAGCCACGUCAACAAACAAUGGCGAUCUUAGUGAUCGUAUGCAACAUGGUUUACAAAUUAAUCAGAAUCAACCAUCGUCUCAAACAGGAUCGUCUCUAGCAGCACAACAAAGUGGUCAAAAUUCUGCUGUCGAUCAAUCUCGAUUACAUCAAUGGAUGAAAUUACCCCACCAGCAACAAGCACCUGGUACUAACUUACCAGCUCGUUUACCACUUAUAUUUUCUAAUUCGUCAACAAACUCACAACAAAAUGUAACAAAAACGCCAAUAAAUGAGUCAAAUACAUCAUGGCCAUCCGGAUCUUCCACAACUACAACGAUAACAAACAGUGAAUCACCUUCUCAUCAAAAUGCUCAAAAUCCAAAUGCAGAUAACUGGAAUGAUGGAACUUCUAGUUCAUCAUCAUCGUCUUCAGCUAAUAAUACAAAUAAUGAAUCGGCAUUUCCCGAUUCGUUAAUUGGAUCAGAUCUCGUUGAUGAUAUUGAUGGCCCGCCACCGUUUGUACCUGGGCAACUCUGGAAUUGGAAACAAAUACCUAAUGCGGAAGAUGAUCCACAUGUAACACCUGGUUCAAUAGCUAAACCAACAUUGUCAAUGUCAAAUCUUUCAUCAAACUCAUCAUCCUCAUCAACGACAGGUAAUGAAUCGCAACCAAGUGCAUUUACAAAUCCCAAUUCUCAGUUUAACAAUCAACAAAUGCAACAAGCAGCGGUUGCUGCUUACGCUCACAUACAGCAACAACGUUCGAACAGCAACAACAACAACAACAACAACAACAAUCGAGCUAUGUGGACGCAUGAACAAGCUCAAAUUGCUGCUAUGCAAGCUGUUGCUGCCGCAGCUGCCACAAAUAAUAACACUAAUUCUCAGCAGUUUCAUCCUUCUCAACAACAAGUGAAUGAAAAUGCUUGGGGAAAAAAUAACUCAUAUCGUAAUAAUUCAUCGAACCCAUCAACAAUGAAAUCGAAUCAACAACUACCAUUAUCAUUUGGUAUCAAUCCUCAUAGUCAACAGCAACCACAACAGCAACAACAACAGCAUCAUCCAUUGCCUCAUCCAGCCUCAUUUUAUCGACCAUAUAUACCUCAAAUUUACGUCUCCUAUCAUUGGGGACAAUCAGAAACAUUUAUUACUCUACGUAUUGAACUAACAGAUGUAAAGACACCUAUUGUUGAUAUUAGCGAAUCAAAUAUUAAGUUUGAAGGCUAUGGUUGUAGUGGAUCGAGAGGUGAACAAUGCUAUUCAUUUCAAAUUAACUUAUAUGAUAAAAUUGAUUCAAAUACUAGCACAUAUAAAAUAAAUGAUCGUGAAGUAAAUAUUAAUUUAAAAAAACAAAAACAUGACAAAUCUCAAAUGUGGCCAAGAUUAACCGAAUCAUCGAUAAAACUGCCUUGGUUAAAAAAUGCGGAUGAUAAGUAUGAAGAUAUAUAUAAAAGCAUUUCUGAAAGUCGAAAUGAAAAGCCAAAGGAUUUACGUAAUGGUUAUCAAAUGGUUCGAAAUCCUAUUAAACUAUGUCAGGCUCUAGCUAUAUUUGAAACAAUCCAUCCGAUUAUUGGCUUUACAAAAGGUGAAUGGAUAACACCUCUAGUACAAUUUCUCGGUCGUAACUUAAUAUUGUUUGGUGUUAUCAACUAUAAUCCAAAUAUUCAAUCUUCAACCCUUGUUUCCCUAUUAUUACUUGUAUGGAGCUUUAUAGAGCUUCAACAUUUUAGUCUAUUAUUACCAAAUAAAAUUAAUUUUUCAUUCUGUUUUGCUUGGUUUUUACGUGUUUAUUUAAUUAUAUUAUCUGUCGGUUUAUUGCAGAUGAUGAGAUACAUGUGGAAUCAACGACAAAAAAUAAAAAUGGCACCAGAUGAAACGGCUGUGAUAAAAAAUUUUAAACGAUUAUUAUCAGCAACUGAAAAACUUCAAGAUUCAAAUUCCAUAGAAGAAUGGAAACUUGAUCAAUUUGUCAUACGUUUAAACGAUAUGUUAAAUGAAAUGAAAAGAUCGAGACCAAGUGAUGAUCGAUUAGAAGAAUGGAGAAAUCGAAUUGAUAUAUUACAAAAAAAAAUUAAUCCAUUAAAAUUAGAUGAACAAACAUUUCCACGACAAAUUCAACGUCAACUUCAGUCACAAUUACCUACAACACAAGUACAGAAUGAAAUCCAGUCUGAUAAUGAUUCCAGGUCAAAUGUCAUAUUAAAUGAGCGGCUCACCAUUCAAUCACCAAUUGUAGAAGAAAAAACAGAAAUAAAAAAGAACCGAUGGAAUAGUGACUAUGGAGGCACCAGUAAUGUUAUAGAAAAUCAUAUAAAACAUGAAGAAAAUGAACAAGAAAAAUUAGCUGAGAUAAUGUCUUUAAGAGCAAUCAAAUUGAAAAGUAAUGCAAUUAGAUUGCAAGAUAUAGUCAAAGGUGAUAAAGAGAAAUUAAACGAAGUCGAGGGCUUAGUCGAUCGUAAUGUAGCAAAAUUGAGUGUACAGGGUAAACGUCUAAAACAUAAUGCUUAUCAAGCAUCAAACUGUUGGAUUUAUAUUAUGUUAGUAUUAGUUAUUGGUACAUUUAUUUCUAUGACCUUGUUUAUGAGAAUGUUUCGUAAAAAAACGUAUACGAUUGUACAUAAAACGAUAAUGACUACCAAAACAACAACCUUAGCAAAGACAGUCGAAACAUUAUCACAAGCUAAUGUUAGAACGAAAGAGAAUGAUUACAUUUCGUUUUUAAUGAAUUAUGCAAAUGAAAAUCACACUGAUUUAUAA